AUGACCUCAACCAUGGCGCACGAUAUCCGCAUUCUCCACUUUCGCAUCCCAUACCAAGCAACGCUUGAACUGCAGACGCAAGACCAGACUGGAACGAUCGCCAAGACUGGGAUCCACGACUGGAUGUGCCAACUGUCGAUCCUCGAGGACAAAUCCACGAUCCGAGGUGCCCUAGGACCCUUGCCAUCCACAGUGGCCAACCGCGUUGACUUCCUUCUCUGCUGCAGUUUUCAAAUCAUCCCAUCGCUUGAUCAAGACCCCGAAGGCACGGAAGUAUUGCUGAGUAAGAAGAUCAAAAGCGAUGAUCUCUUCAAGCGUGGUAUCGAGUUUUACCUAGAUCGCGAAGACAUUUGGAUCGACGGUCACUACGAGUUCCGCAUCAUCCUAUCCUCUUACCCACUCAAACUCCUCGGUCCACCAGACGGCUCGCAUUGGACCCACACCCUAACACUCUCAGAAUGUGAUCCCGUCGCACGGAACAUCGACCCCCUCGUCGAGAUGAUGACCCAAUUCGAACACCACAUCCCGACCUCCGAUGUCGAGUUCCGGUUCCUCUCCAAGGCCGGCAUGGUCCUCGACCGCCUCCGAGCUCAUCACGCCGUUCUAUCCAUAUUCCCAGUCUUCUCUCAAAUGAUGGCCCAAGCCCAGAGCAACCCUUAUCAACGUGCCCUUACUACCGUCCUCAGAGCAACCAUCGAUCUGCGCCCAGCUUUCGAACGAAUGCUUGGCUUUAUCUAUUCCGGUCGUCUGCCACAAGAGGGCUUUGUCCCCCGAAGCGAGCAAUGGCGCGCCUCAUUCCUGCUCUCAAGAGAAUACGGGCUCGAUAAAUGUGCGAGUUCGAUUGUGUGGAUGGAGUGGCAUCUGUGUGAGUUGGAGCAGGUCGUGACGGACGAGAAUGUGUUGGAGAUAUACUUUGGAUGGGGGCGAGAGUUUGCGAGCGUGGCUCAGAUGUGUGUGAGGCAUGUGGCAGAGAGGUCCCAGGUGCCGUUUCGGGGGGUGGAUUUGGGAAGUUAUGUGAUGGAGGUCUUGAAAGGGCGAUUCCAGGGACAGAGGGGGUGCUUUGAGUUCCAGGAGGCCUUGGUCGCAAUGCUGAUGAAGAUGUAUGCGGAUCAACAACAUCAGCAGAGGACAAAGACCCAAGGUCGCCAUUAGGGCGGUCAAGCAGACAGGAAUAUCAACUAGCACCAUUGCUGAGAGCAUUACCAUCGCAUUGUCUAUCGUUGCACAUUUGUUUCACGCUCAAUUUACAGACCGCAUGCACUGAGAGGAUCGUAGGAUUGUUAUGAUGCAGGCACCGAUAAGAUAUGAAAGAUCUACCAAUCAUUUUGUCCCAAAGGGUUUAUCUCGUCAAUUAAAGUUUUCGAGAUGAAAACAUCUCAGGCCAGGAACAACUGAG